AUGGUAGAGUGGGAGAUAGAGGGAUUGGUAAAUGUCUCGGGAAGCAUGUGAGAAAUUUACAUCGCGUUAUUUUUAACUCUAGUUGACAUGAGUAUGAGGUUAGAAUAUGGUUGAUAGAGGUGAUUCAUACAUUAGCUUUGAUUGUAAUCGGAAAUUCGUUUGUUUCAGCUGAAUGAGGCUCAUGGAACCGUUGGGUGUUGCCCCGGACAUGGUGGAGACGGGCGCAUUGAAAAAAUGGUCCGACUUCCCUGUCCAGCACCGAUUCACAGACUACUCCAAUUCCAUUGGAGAGCCUACGCAUCAUACAAUAAGUCCAUUUCCUUGUCAACCAGCGAUCAACAACAAACUUGCUCUAUGGUAAAGUUCUGAUUGUGUAUAUAAAAUGAUGAUAAAGAAGUUUCAUUCAUCUAAGGAGAUUUGUAAUUGAUACGAUGUUUCAGGACUGGGGAUAUCUCUGUUUUGCAAGUGGAUGCAGUAGUAAACUCUACCAAUGA